AUGGUAUCAUACGACGAGUGCGGCAAGUCAUACCAGGUGCAAGGCUUUUGUAGGGAUUAUGUAACUUCACGGAGACAUCCCGAGUAUGAGAGCGAGAUUCGCCACAUCUACGAGGAAACGGCGAAUUGUUUAGCAGCCGACAGAGCCACCAAGUCUCUUCCAGUGUUUGUGGCCGAAAGUUUUUUUAUUGGAGGUUGGCUCAUCGCACUCCUGAAAGCGGCUUUGUCUGAACCGAGCUCGAACAAUUGGCCGAAUGUAGAGGUCCAUUCAAUCGCGUUUUCGGGAAUGUACCUUUGGAUCACCUCGGCAGUAGUACUUGGUUCCCUGAUUGGCGCCUCACAGACUGAGGGUUCGAUUCCGCGCUUGUUACAAGCUUUCGAAUACCAACUUACACAGGUCCAUGGACAGCUGUCUCGACGCCCCUCCGCAACCCACCGGGAAGAAAGUGGAUGGUGCAAGACAGGAAUUGAGCGUGCCAUCCACGGAGGCCUGAACAAUUGGAGACCAAGAAAGUGGAGCAGUCGCCAGCGGUCCCUGGACAUCAGCAACUGGCAGAUGGUAUCUUAUGUUAUGGUAGCGUUAAUAGCUCUUGGCGCUAGCUUCCUCACGGCAAUUGUCUUGUCCAACUUCGUUCCUCCACAUGGCAUGAAUUGUCGUCACAUCCCGCAAACGGUCAUGCUCACCAUCUGGCUCGUCAGCUUCUUACUCGAAUGUGGCUUCGAGCUAUGGUUGCCCCAAGGUCUCUUUUGGGCCGUAUAUUGCAAAGACAUGAUUGCUGCACUUAUGAAUGUUGAGGCCGGUGUAGAGUAUUUCAACGCAAUCGCUCAAGUCAAUGAGACAUUCAGUGAAGACUGCCUUACACUGAACAUAUGGAGCAAGAAUGUCGGACAGGGCCGGCGGACUGGAGUACUCCUUUUCGUUCCUGGCGGUGGGUACGUGGCUGGGAGCGCCAAUGCGAAGACUUACGAUGGUGCAAAGUUUGUUGACCAAGAGGAUAUUGUCGUUGUUACGUUCAACUACCGUGUUAAUAUUCUUGGGUUUCCUGGCGCUCCGGGCACUGGGAAUCUGGGUUUGCUUGACCAACGCCUCGCUGUUGAAUGGGUUCGCGAUAACAUCGCGAAAUUUGGUGGUGACCCUUCGCGCAUCACCAUCGCUGGACAGUCUGCGGGUGGGGGCUCAGUCGAUUACUAUUCCUACGCGUGGACCGGAGACCCGAUCGUUGCUGGAUUCAUCGCGGAAUCUGGGACCGUCCAGCUCGUAGAACCGCUCCCCGAGGACCUCGCCGCUGAGAACUGGUUCAACACGACUGGGCUGCUGGGCUGUGGUAAUGCAACGAGCAAUCGAGACGAGGUUUUAAGAUGCAUGCGCCUAAAGAACGUCAGCGAGAUAAUGGGAGCAACUACUCAAGUCUCUAUUGGGUCCGUUUUAUUCACUCCCUUUGUCGAUGAAGUUACCGUAUUCAAAGACUAUCCAGCCCGGGCAGCGGUCGGAAACUUCACCAAGCGACCUUUGCUUAUCGGGCACAACGACUUUGAAGCUUCACUAUUCGACCUGAUCCAGCGACUUAAAGGCGUUGUGCUUCCUAGCUUUUGGAGCGACUUCCAAAGUGCACGCUUCUUCUGUCCCGUGGCCGCACGUGCGAAAAUAAGCACCCAGUAUAACAUACCGACAUGGCGCUACAGAUAUUUUGGCGAUUGGGCAGACAUGCGUCUUUCCAAAAUAGUUCCUACUGGAGCUUAUCAUGGGGCAGAAGUCAAUGUCUUGUUUGAUACGGUGCCGCAUGGUCACGGGAUACCAGGCAGCACGCAAGAGGAGCUGAAGUUUGGAAGAUAUAUGAGGGGAGCUUGGGCAAAUUUUGUCGCAGAUCCUAUUCAUGGUCUAGAAAAGUAUGGCUGGCCCGCCUAUAGCUCAAGUACAGAGAGCUUAGUGAGACUGGCGUAUGGGAAUUCAAGUACUACCAGCGUUGCUUAUCCUUCGAUAUAUGAUAGCAGCUGCAAUUUUCCAGCUUAG